AUGUUGGCUCCCACAGACCAGAGCAGAGAUGGGAUGUAUUCCAAACUGAUGGAUGAAGAACCACAAUAUGACAACUUCUCACCGCAGCUCUCAGUGAUUCCAUCUGUGGUGCGUCAGGGAGGAUCCAGGUCUGGUCCAUGUCCAAGUCCAGGUCCAGGUCUGGGUUUCAGUCCAGGUUUGAGUCUGUAUAGAGCCUCCACUGUGGCUUUGGCCACUCUGUGUGUGAUCCUACUCAUCUGUGUCAUUGCCGUGUCCACCCACAAGCAGAAGGAUGCAGCAAGUGGAGACCUGACGCCUCAGACCGAACAGCAAAAGCAGGAAUUUAACAUGUCUGACCUCAUGUCCACCAUCAGCAAACUGCGCGAGGAGAACAAGCAACUGCAGGAGAGACUUAACACUCCAGUGGGCAAGCCCUCUACCGUUCCCCUGACGUGCCCCUCAGACUGGCUGCUCUUCGGGGACAGCUGUUACUUCAUCUCCAAACAGAUAAAGAGCUGGAGCAGCAGUCAGACAUACUGCCAGAGCCAAGGAGGACAUCUGGCCAUUGUGACAUCACCAGAGGAACAGACCUUCAUCUGGGACCGUCUUCCUCGUGGACACUGGAACGUCUUCUGGAUCGGGAUAUCGGACGGACAUACGGAGGACGAGUGGAAGUGGGUGGACGGGACGCCGCUGGACACAGGGUUCUGGGAGGAGGGGGAGCCCAAUAAUCACAUCAACGAGGACUGUGGGAACAUCGUGAAAACCCAAGUCUUAAGCAGAGUGGCCCUGCGCAGCUGGUACGACGCCCCCUGUGACAUGAGCCGGUACUACGUCUGUGAGAAGACCGCCACCGGAGCACACUAA